AUGGAAAGGGCGCCGGGCCUGGCAGGAGGGUUGGAGUCGCCACCCCUGGAGGAAUCCAAGGAAUUCCUGGAGGUGGCACUCGGGGCUCUGGAGGGCAUCGGGCACAGCUGGGACUCGGUGCCCUUGGAAUUCUUUCCCGGCCUCGAUAAUCUGGGAAUUCUGUGCCCACAGCCCCACGAGAAUUCCCAGCACAUCCCGGCAGGAAAAGGGCGGGAGCAGGGCAGGAAUGCAGGAUCCGGCUUUUCCACAGGGCCGAGUCCCCUCUCUCAUUCCAGCCAGGAAUUUUGCCGGAAUUUCCCCCCCCCGGAUGAUUUCCAAGAAGGGCUCCGACAUUCCCAGGAAUUCCUCGGCCACACAUGGGCCUCUCACCCCACCCCGCACGGGGCAAUUCCUGCCUGGAAUGGAAUUCCCAGGGUUUGUGGAUCCCUUGGGAAGGUGGGAAAAGCCGGGAAUGAUUCGGGAUGUGGAUUUUUUCCCACAGAAACCAGGGAAGACCGGACCAAGCGGCUUUUCCGGCACUACACCGUCGGCUCCUACGACAACUUCACCUCCCACAGUGACUACAUCAUCGAGGAGAAGACGGCCGUGCUGCAGAAGCGGGAGCAUGAGGGCUUCGGCUUCGUCCUGCGAGGGGCCAAAGCCGAGACCCCGAUCGAGGAGUUCACGCCCACGCCGGCAUUCCCAGCGCUGCAGUACCUGGAGUCCGUGGACGUGGAGGGAGUGGCCUGGAGAGCGGGGCUGCGCACCGGGGACUUUCUGAUCGAGGUGAAUGGAGUGAACGUGGUGAAGGUGGGGCACAAGCAGGUGGUGGCGCUGAUCCGGCAGGGCGGGAAUCACCUCCUGAUGAAGGUCGUGUCCGUCAGCCGCAAGCCCGAGUCCGAGGAGGGCGGCCGCAAGAAGGCGCCGCCGCCGCCCAAGAGAGCGCCCAGCACCACCCUCACGCUGCGCUCCAAGUCCAUGACGGCCGAGCUGGAGGAGCUGGAGAAGCUGGAUGAGAUCCUGGCGGCGGCCGAGCCGGCGCUGAGGGCGGAGCUGGUGGAGGCCGAUUCCAGGGCGGCCACGGUGAAACAGCGCCCGACGAGCCGGAGGAUCACCCCCGCGGAGAUCAGCUCCCUGUUUGAGCGCCAGGGAAUGGCGCAUCCCGGCGUCCUGGCGGGAACCGAGAAGCCCCACGUGUCCCUCCGGAAGGGAAUUCCACGGACCAAGUCUGUAGGGGAAGACGAGAAGCUGGCCGCGUCCUUGCUGGACGGGAAGUUCCCGCGGAGCACCUCCAUGACGGACACGGUCCGGGAAGGCCACGGGAUCCCCCCUCCCCCGCAGACCGCCCCUCCCCCGCCCCCCUCCCCCUACUACUUCGACACCGGCCCCCCUCCGUCCUUCUCGCCGCCGCCGCCGCCGGGCCGGGCCUACGACACCAUCCGCUCCAGCUUCAAGCCGGGCCUGGAGGCCAAGCUGCACGGGCUGCCGCAGGUGCUGAGCGCGGCCGAGAUGUACGACCAGGCCCGGGGCUCCAUGCCCUACCCCGAGCGGCAGAAGAGGGCCCGCUCCAUGAUCAUCCUCCAGGAUUCCUCCCACCUCCCCGUGGAGCCCACCGAGAUCCCGCGGCCCGGCCCGGCCGCCACGCCGCCGGAGAAGCUCAAGAGGAAAGGGCGGGUCAUCGACAACCCCUACGCCAACAUGGGCCAGUUCAACGUCAGCCUCUUCGCGCCCACCAAGCCGCAGAGGAAGAAGAGCCCCCUGGUGAAGCAGCUCCAGGUGGAGGACGCCCAGGAGCGGGCGGCCUUGGCCAUCACCGGCGGCUACUCCUCGCGGGAGCCGUCGCCCACGCGCCGGAGCCACCGCCUGGAAUACCAGCACCACCCCGGCAUCGCUCAGGUGGAAGCCGCCGGCCUCCCCUUCGCCACCGCCAUCGCCACCGGCGUCAUGAAGGACCGCGACCGGCGUCUGGACGAGAGGAGGAAGUCCACGGUGUUCCUGUCGGUGGGAGCCAUCGAGGGGCCGGCGCCGGGCGGCAGCGAGAUGCCGUCGCUGCAGCAGUCGCGCUCCAUCGACGAGCGGCUCCUGGGCAGCCGGGACGUCCUCCUGCCGUCGCCCGUGUCAGCUUUAAAGCCAUUGAUCGGCAGCUCCUCCUCGACCUUCAUCCACCCCCUGACGGGAAAGCCCCUGGAUCCCAACUCGCCCCUGGCGCUGGCGCUGGCCGCAAGGGAACGGGCGCUGUCCACUCAAGUCCCAUCCCGGUCGCCCACCCCGAUCCACAGCCCCGACUCGGACAGAGCCGCGCCCCUGUUUGUGGACAUCCAAACCAAAGAGCCGGACAGGGCGGACUUGGAGAGCUUGGUGUCCCCCGCCUACUCCCCCGGAGGGAAGGCGGUGAUGGCGGCCGACGCCGGCGCCCUGACCCCCACCAAGAGCCCCUGGGGGACUCCGGCCACCCUGCGGAAGGAGCCCGAGGCGCGAGCAGAGCUGCCGGGCAAGGAGGAGAAGAAGCCCGAGGACAAGAAGUCCAUGAUCAUCAGCAUCGUGGACACGUCGCAGCAGAAGACCGCCGGCCUCAUCAUGGUCCACGCCACCAGUAACGGCCAAGACGAGAUCGGCCUGGAGAUCAAGGAGGAGAGCCCGGCCGUGCCCGAGGUCUGCGCCGAGCCGGCCGAGUCCCCCAAGGCCGAGCCGCAGCCCAGCCCCGUGGGGAAGCCGCCGGCCAGCCCGGCCUCGGAGAAGGCGCUGGGCCAGGGCAGCUCGGAGGAGGAGGUGGAGCCCUACACGGUGACCCUCCCGCCCGCCCAGCUGUCCUCCAGCGACGAGGAGACCCGCGAGGAGCUGGCCAAGAUCGGGCUGGUGCCGCCCCCGGAUGAAUUCGCCAACGGGGUGCUGGUGACCACCCCCGGCACCCCCGUGAGCCACCUGGCUGCGCCCGGCGCGCCCUCCCUGCCAGCGGCAGCAGUAGCACCUUCUCCCCCCGGCGCGACACCCUCAGGGAAGCCCUCGGACGCCCCCGCGGCCCCGGAGUCGGCGGCGGACUCGGGAGUGGAAGAGGUGGACACCAGGAGCUCCAGCGACCACCACCUGGAGACCACGAGCACCAUCUCCACGGUCUCCAGCAUGUCCACGCUGUCCUCGGAGAGCGGCGAGCCCACCGACACCUACACGUCCUUCGCCGACGGCCAAACUUUUCUACUCGAGAAGCCACCAGUGCCUCCAAAGCCCAAACUCAAGUCCCAGCUCAGCAAGGGGCCGGUUACUUUCAGGGACCCACUUUUGAAGCAGUCUUCGGACAGCGAGCUCAUCUCCCAGCACCACGCGGCCACGCUGGCGGCCACCAGCGCGGCCCGGCCACGCUACCUCUUUCAGAGAAGGUCCAAGCUAUGGGGGGACCCCAUGGAGAGCAGGCCCGGCCACGGGGCCGAAGAGGACAAACCAACUGUGAUCAGCGAGCUGAGCUCCCGCCUCCAGCAGCUCAACAAGGACACGCGCUCCUUGGGCGAGGAACCGGCCGGCUCCGCCCUGGAUCCCGGCAAGAAGUCGCCGGUGGUGGCCGCACGACUUUUCAGUAGUUUAGGCGAGCUCAGCACCAUCUCCCAGCGCAGCUCCGGCGCCACCUUCACCGUGCGGCCCGGCAGCCGCUACCCCGUCACCCGCCGCACGCCCAGCCCCGUCAAACCCGCCGCGCUGGAGCGGCCCGAGCCCCUCAGCACCGUCCGGCCCUACGGCCUGACGCCCCCCACCAUCCUGAAAUCCUCCAGCCUCUCCAUCCCGCACGAGCCCAAGGAGGUGCGCUUCGUGGUGCGCAGCGUCAGCGCCCGCAGCCGCUCCCCGUCGCCGUCGCCGUCGCCGUCGCCGGCGCUGCACACGCUGCACCCGCCGCGGCCCUUCAUGCAGAAGCCGCUGCACCUGUGGAACAAGUACGACGUGGGGGACUGGCUGGAGAGCAUCAACCUGGUGGAGCACCGCGACAAGUUCGAGGACCACGAGAUCGAGGGCACGCACCUGCCCGCGCUGACCAAGGAGGACUUCGUGGAGUUGGGGGUGACCCGCGUGGGGCACCGCAUGAACAUCGAGCGGGCGCUCAAGCAGCUGGUGGACAGCUGACCGCGCCCGGAGCCGCCGCGGGGAGGGCGGGGUGUGAUUCCCGAGCCAAGAAAACCCACCCGGAUUCUUCCUCCUCCUCCUCCUCCUCCCGCCAGCGCCGCACUGAGGGUGUGGAGCCCCCUCGGCCGCCUCCGGAGCAGGAAUGUUGCAUGAGAUUCCUCCUCGCUCCCGCUCCUCCCCGACAGCCCGGCCUGCGAACGGCUCCGUCCGCGGGGACAGCAGGGGACAGCGCCGCGCCGGUGGCACCUCGGGGUGGCUUUCGGGAGCCCCCGAGCUGCCCCGGCCGUGGCGAGAGCGGGCGGGUGGCACCUGCGGAGGUGGCACCUCCCGGGUGGCCCCGCCGGGCUCUAGAGGUGGCCCAGGUGGCCCUGCCGGGAGGUGGCCUCAGGGCCUGACGUCACCAGGUGACCCCAGCAGGGUCAGAGGUGGCCCCAUGUCCUGACACCCCCCCCCCGCAGGUGUCCCUGGCAGGGUCACAGUUGUCCCUGCCAGGCUGGGAGGUGGCCCCAGGUCCUGUCCCCACCCCAGGUGUCCCUGGCAGGGUCACAGGUGGCUCAAGGUCCUGUCCCACCCCAGGUCCUGUCCUUGAUAGGGUCAGAGGUGUCCCCAGGUCCUGUCACAUCUCAGGUCCUGUCCCCACCAGGAGGUGGCCCUAGGUCCCCCCCCAGGUGUCCCUGACAGGGUCAGAGGUGUCCCCAGGUCCUGUCCCCACCGGGAGGUGGCCCUAGGUCCCCCCAGGUGUCCCUGGCAGGGUCAGGGGUGUCCCCAGGUCCUGUCCCUGGCAGGGUCAGAGGUGUCCCCAGGUCCUGUCCCACCCCAGGUCCUGUCCCUGGCAGGGUCAGGUGUGUCCCCAGGUGUCCCCAGGUGUCCCCGCUGGGCUCAGAGGCGGCGGCUCCAGCGGGGCCAUCCCGGCGGUGCUCCCGGAGAAAGGAAGGGAAGAAGGAAGAAAAGACGGAAAGAAGGGAAGGAGGAAGGAAGAAAAGAAGGAAGGAAGGGCCGGGAAGGCUCCAGCGGCGGCCGUGCCACCCGAGCCGUGCCAGGCCGUGCCAGAAGAGCCCCCCCCGCCAGGC